AUGCUAGAGAAUGCGCUCAAGUCAAGUGGCUUUAGUAUAUCACUGAAUAAGUCAACUAAAAUACAAAGUUUGAAGGCGCUGCAAACCUUGCAGCGAAAGUACCCAAAUCUAAUUCAACGCUGUAAAAUGAAGUUGAAACUAACUUUUCAGUCAUCUCAGUACGACCAAAUUCUAACAUUCAUCAAUAAUCACAAUGGCAAUAACCAUCUAACUGACUCGUCAGAAGCGUUCUCUGCAAGCUCAGAGUUCAGUAGUCCACAACAAAGGGGAAGCGAAUACAGCGAAGAUAUCAUAAUUGAGAGUAAAACCAAUGAUAGUAUGACAGUGAUAUGUUUCCCAAAUUUGUACAAAAACUUGGAAAACUUCAUUCAGAACGAGCUGGAUCCCCCGGGAAACAUACUGUUGGUCACCCUCAACAUUAAGCAAAGUGUCAAUAAUGCUAACUUGCAAAGGAAUUUGAGUUCUGAGAACUCCUUCGAAAACACAAACCCCUUCGCAGAAGCCUCCCCCGAUACUUUUAGCAAAUUACAAAUGAUUAACAUGGAUGAAGAAAGGACUGAAGUUGUUACUGAGGAUUCUAGGGACAAUAACACUACUGGUGUUGAACCUUCUAAUGGGAACAAAUCAAUUUCAAACGGCGACGAGAAAUUUAAGUGUAAAAAAUGCGACGUUGUACUGACUAUCGGGGAGUACAAGUCUCACUUUAAGUCAAAUUACCACAUAUUCAACUUGAAAAGGCUCCUGAACAACCAGCCACCUAUAACGUUGGAGGAAUUCAAUAUGUUGGCAAACAACUAG